AUGGGCGACGAGGCGCCGGAACCCUCCGCCGACGGAGACGCAUCGUCAUCCAACACCGCCCGCUCCGACCCCGCCACAGGCGACCAAGUCGUCAACGUAGCCGAGCAAGGCGACAUCAUCCUCGACGUGACCUUUGAGCUGUCGGAGCGAACCCUCCAGAGGCCCGGCACACUGGCCGCCGCCGCCGCCGCCGCCGCCGCGGCGCGCACGCUCAGCAACGGCCAGCAGCCGCGGCCCAUUCUCACGCCCAGGCUCCAGAUGGCCUACCGCGUCAGCUUCGACGUGCUGAAACGGCACUCGGCCUACUUCGCCAACCUGCUCACGAACCCGGCCUUUCGGGAAUCCGUCCUCAUCUCCGCGGCGCGCGAGAACCUGCUUCUCCGCGGCAUCGAGCCCGCCGACGCGGACCCGUCGGAUCUGCCCCGCGUGCUCAUCACCGACGACGACGAGGCCACCCAGUCCGCGGGCAGGGAACUCGCCUUUGAGGACAUGCUUCGCAUCGUGCACCAGCGGCCUGUUAGGAAUGCCCGUCCGCUCAUGCUGUACGUGACUACGCUGGCCGUCACGGCGGACCGCUUCGACUGCACGCCUGCGGUGGCGAGAGCUCUCGCGGAAAUCAAGUUCAAGUGGCCGCUUACCAGCACCAAGCCGUACCUGGACGAGGCUGGCCGGCCCACCGACGUCGAGGGCGUGUUGAGGCAGAAAGUACUGACGGCGUGGCUGUUGGACGACAAGGGGCUAUCCGCUGCGUGGUGGAACCUGCCCCAAGGCAUUGAAGAAGAGCUUCGCCACAGGAGAGAAUGCAUCCUCAACGCCGUGUCCUCCAUCCAGACACACUUCCUCUCCCUCUAUUCGUCCCGUGACCGCCAGUGCAAACUAGGCUACGACUCCAGCCCUGCCUGCGACUCCUUCCAGUUCGGCCAAAUGCUCAAGUUUCUCCUGUCGCGGCGCCUCCUCUUCCUCGUCGACUUUUCCACAGCCUCUGCCGAGCGUCUCCCCGACACCUCGCUCGUCGACGUUGAAGAGCUGCUGGCCACGCUGAAGCAGUGCCCGAAUUACCAGCUUGACAAGCAUCACAUGAAUUGCGGGUUGAGGAUCCGCAUAGAUCCCAUACUGGAUUACGUGCGGGCCAUGCUCUCCGCUCAGGUGAUUAGCAUCCCGCUUGCGGAUUGGAAGAGGACAAGGGCAGACGUGUCUUGGGUCUCGGGCAAGGCAGCGGACAACGGCCAAGAGGGCGAGGCAAGAGCCUUUGCAUUCACGAGGGCCUUGGCUAACGAUCAGAGGCUGAGAUACGAGGGGGCCAUGCACGCCGAUAAGAUGGCCAGGAGCUUGUUCACGGCCGAUACUUGGGAUUGGACACCCGAGCUUUGA